UCUUGCCUGCUUCAACUCAUAUCCUCACCAGAUAAUAUUUACUAAGGACUGCUGUCUCAUUCACACACUCUCAUACCGGGAAAAGGCUAUUUCUUUGACCCAUUCCACUGCAUUCCACUGCACAGCAGAGGAGGCACGUUUUGAAGACAUUUUGAUCAUUUGAAACUACUUAGGUUAUUUUCGUAUUUUUUUAACGAGGCAAGACGGAGGCAACCACCACCCAUUCUGUCGAGGUUAAAUGCGCUAGAAUUACUAAAGACACACAUUUGUAAAGCACUGUCACAUCAUAGACUAAAACCUCCUAUUUGAAGCGCACUAAGACGUGGACGGGACUUGACAAUAUCGCUAUUUGAUCAUUCCGCUAUAUCUACCAGAGAGUUCGAGUCAAGAUGACAGCCCUCACGCUGGUCUUGCGGUCCGCCUGCUGCUGAGGGUAACGUCCAGGAUGUCUUUGAACGGUCUCAGGAUCCAGAACCAACCGAUUUAUCAAUGGAGGAGGAGAGUGACACCCGCAAGAUCAACAACAGCUUCCUACGCGACCACAACUAUGCUACUGAAGCUGACAUCAUCUCCACGGUGGAGUUUAACCCUUCGGGGGAGCUGCUGGCCACAGGGGACAAAGGAGGAAGAGUGGUGGUCUUCCAGAGAGAGCAGGAGACUAAAAGCGAGCCCCAGAGGCGAGGGGAGUAUAAUGUGUACAGUACGUUCCAGAGUCAUGAUCCAGAGUUUGACUACCUGAAGAGUCUGGAGAUCGAGGAGAAGAUCAACAAGAUCAGAUGGCUGCCACAGCAGAACGCUGCCUACUUCCUCCUCUCCACCAACGACAAGACAGUGAAGCUCUGGAAGAUCAGUGAGAGAGACAGACGACCAGAGGGAUACAACCUGAAGGAUGAAGACGGACGAAUCAGAGACCCAUCUACAAUCACCUCACUACGGGUUCCUGUCCUCCAGAACACAGAUCUGAUGGUGGAGGCGACAGCGCGGCGUGUGUUCAGUAACGCCCACACCUACCACAUCAACUCCAUCUCUGUGAACUCUGACCUCCAGACCUACAUCUCCACCGACGACCUCAGGGUCAACUUGUGGAACCUGGAGAUCACCGACCAGAGCUUCAACAUCGUGGACAUCAAGCCGUGUAACAUGGAGGAUCUGACAGAGGUGAUCACUGCAGCGGAGUUUCAUCCUCAGCAGUGUAACACCUUGGCUUACAGCAGCAGUAGAGGGUCAGUACGACUCUGUGACAUGAGGAAACAGGCGCUCUGCGACACACACUGCAAGUUCUUUGAGGAGCCAGAGGACCCCUCCACUCGUUCAUUUUUCUCAGAGAUCAUCUCUUCCAUCUCAGACAUCAAGUUUAGUCACAGCGGGCGCUUCUUGAUGACACGGGACUACCUGACGGUCAAGGUGUGGGACCUCAACAUGGAGACCAGACCGGUCCAGACAUACCAGGUCCAUGACUACCUGAGGGGUAAGCUGUGUUCUCUGUACGAGAACGACUGCAUCUUCGACAAGUUUGAGUGUGUCUGGAACGGGUCAGACAGUGUCAUAAUGACGGGGUCAUAUAAUAAUUUCUUCCGGAUGUUUGAUCGGAACACCAAGAAAGAUGUGACUCUGGAGGCUUCCAGAGAGAACAGCAAACCCCGGGCCAUCCUCAAACCACGCAAGGUGUGUGUGGGUGGGAAGCGUCGUAAAGACGAGGUGACUGUUGACAGUCUGGACUUCAGUAAGAAGAUCCUCCACUCCGCCUGGCACCCACAGGAAAACAUCAUCGCCGUGGCAGCCAGUAACAACCUCUACAUCUUCCAGGACAAGGUCACCUAGGCAGAAGAGGAAAAGGAUGGAGUGGAGAUAGAGAGGCGAGAGGAAUGGAGGGGAGAUAGAGAGACACAAGGAGAGGAAUGGAGGGGAGAUAGAGAGGCGAGAGGAAUGGAGGGGAGAUAGAGAGACACGAGGAGAGGAAUGGAGGGGAGAUAGAGAGACACGAGGAGAGGAAUGGAGGGGAGAUAGAGAGACACGAGGAGAGGAAUGGAGGGGAGAUAGAGAGACACGAGGAGAGGAAUGGAGGGGAGAUAGAGAGACACGAGGAGAGGAAUGGAGGGGAGAUAGAGAGACACGAGGAGAGGAAUGGAGGGGAGAUAGAGAGGCGAGAGGAAUGGAGGGGAGAUAGAGAGACACGAGGAGAGGAAUGGAGGGGAGAUAGAGAAACACGAGGAGAGGAAUGGAGGGGAGAUAGAGAGGCGAGAGGAAUGGAGGGGAGAUAGAGAGACACGAGGAGAGGAAUGGAGGGGAGAUAGAGAGACAAGAGGAGAGGGAUGGAGGGGAGAUAGAGAGACACAAGGAGAGGAAUGGAGGGGAGAUAGAGAGACAAGAGGAGACUAAUGGAGGGGAGAUAGAGAGACACGAGGAGAGGAAUGGAGGGGAGUUAGAGAGACAAGAGGAGAGGAAUGGAGGGGAGAUAGAGAGACACAAGGAGAGGAAUGGGGGGGAUAGAGAGACAAGAGGAGAGGAAUGGAGGGGAGAUAGAGAGACACGAGGAGAGGAAUGGAGGGGUUAGAGAGAUGAGGAGAGGAAUGGAGGGGUUAGAGAGAU